UCAUUCUACGCGCUCUUUUCCGCGUCCGACCGUUCACGACUCUCUUUCGGUUGCCUCUCCUACGUCGACGUAUAUCGUUAUAUAUCAUUAGCAUUUGCUCUGUUUCUCCCUUUUUAGAAACGUUUCAAAGCCAUUUGCUAUUACAACACGGCUCUCUUCGCCUCCUCCUCCAGCCUCAUCAUCGCUACCUACCUCCUUCUCUAUUGUUUUCUCUUUUUCCCGCUUUUCAGAUAUGGACGCUACCGCGGGUCGAAGUUUGUAUUCAUCGCAUCGUACUAAAACUGUUCAUCUGGUGAGGCAUGCCCAGGGACUUUAUAAUGCGGCAGGGGACAAGGAGGCGAACAAAUAUCAAUCUUUUGAUUGUUUUGACGCUCAACUUACUUCUUUAGGAUGGAAGCAGGUUGGCAAUCUGCGGAGACAUGUACGAUCAUGUGGACUUUCUAAGAGAAUUGAGUUAGUCGUUACAUCUCCCUUGUUCAGGACUAUGCAAACAGCGGUUGGAGCAUUUGGUGGUGAAGUUUACUCGGAUGAUAUGCAUGUUCCUCCACUAAUGGUUCAGAAUGCAGGAGACAGCAACUGCCCUGCAAUUUCAAGUUUGAAUUGCCCACCAUUUUUGGCAGUUGAGCUUUGUCGGGAACAUUUGGGAGUAAAUCCUUGUGACAAGAGGCGAAGUAUUAGCGAGUGUCGGUCUCUUUUCCCUGCAAUUGAUUUUUCAAUGAUUGAACAGGAUGAAGAUAUCCUGUGGACAUCAGACAUAGGAGAGACCAACGGCGAAGUUGCAGAUAGGGGACUGAUGUUUCUUAAAUGGCUCUGGACCCGGAAGGAGAAGGAGAUUGCAGUUGUCAGCCACUGUGGAUUCUUAUUUCAUGUAUUGAGCGUAUUUGGAGAUGACUGCCAUCGUUCUAUAGAGGAUGAAAUCUGCAAACACAGGUUCGCCAACUGUGAGCUUCGUUCGUUUGUUCUUGUUGAUUGGAGCACGAAGGGAUCAGAAUCCUCGACGACCAAUUUCUCGAGACAAGUGUCUAACCGGCUCGAUCUUCCCAGUGAUGUUGCAGCUGAAAAGCAUCCGAGAAGGGAGUUACAAAUGAAGAUGUGGCUUGAGGAAGAUACUACAUGGCAUCAUAUUGAGAAACAAAGGCUUCUAAUUAUAUUUGUGUUUUCCUCGCUGGGAGCUUUGAUACUCCAACAAUGUUUCUCAUAACUGAAACGUCCAUUGAAUUUCUUACCAAAUUCAUUUGGGAGCAUUGCUAUUGUUAAAGGCCUCUUCCUGCAGUUGGAUUUUGAGGUAAAUGCUUGUGUCUGUAUCUCAUCCAUCAGUUGCUUUGCAAGCAACUUUUACACCUAACUUGAUAUAAUAGUACGAACAUCGCUUUAUGUUCGGUAUAAUUUGUCUUUCAAUAUACAUGAAGUUUUCCACCCGAGCACACUCUCUACUACUAUACUGCAUUCCAUCGUUUGUUCGGUAUAAUUUGUCUUUCAAUAUACAUGAAGUUUUCCA